ACCAUGUGAUCUUUAUGCAUUUGGGUUCUGUGGACACAAAAAACGACAUCUAAUUUAACAGCUUCAUAAUAAUGAGACUCAUUUUCCUUACAUGUGUAAUGAAGUUAAAGUAAUUAUUUCACAGGGUUGUUAAGAGCUUUAAAACAAUGCAGGUAUUACGUUGGCACUUAAGAAUCAGCAAAUUUUAUUUUCUCCCUAUAAAACGAGGAAAAGUGACACUCAGCUUCACAAACAACAGGGCGGCCCAGGCGGUAGGAGGGGCAUCCACACCACUUUGGAUGCUUGCCCUGGCAUCUCCCAGUUGUGCAUCAUCCGCUGGACCUUUGCCUGUGCCGGGUUCGAGAGCGUUGGGAACACGAGGGGGCCACCAGGGGGCAGCACGCGGCAAGAAAUCUUGUACGCCGACCGCAGCCCACCGCCAAACUUCCCUGCUGCUCCCGGUCCUCGUACGUACUUCCGUCGCUCUGACGCUCCCAGAAACCCGGGCAUCGGGAAGGAGCGCAAAUUCUCCCUCUCUGGAGCCUCACGAGGAAUAUCUGGAGCUGGGUUCAUCAGAGCACACCAGAGCGGGCGCUGGAGUCUUUCACCGCGCCGCCAGGGGCGCGGCGCCCGGCCAGGGUGUGCUGGCGCGUGGGCGUCGGCGUCAGUCACACAUCGGUGAUUCUGGAGAGGGCAGUCGGCCUCCCGAAGGAGAGUAGUCGCGGCCCGGGCAGACCCCUACCCCACCAUCUCCAGCUCCUUCCCCUCUCGCCCCAAGGGAGCACCUAUACCCACAGCUGUCACUUGUGUGUGCUGGCAGGAGAGGUGACACAAGCAAGUGUGCUCCCUGGAGUCGUCCAGAAGGAUGCCUGGGUGUCGGAUACGUCCUCAGGCUGCUCUCCAGCGCUGGCGAAGAAAGCAGUCGGGAUGAUGCUCACAAACUUUCCUUCGCGGAGGCGUUGAGAAGAAACGUCCCUUCCUGAAGCUCGCGGAGAACCCAGAGUCUGGCAUCCAGAGGGGACAGGGCCAAGCCUGCGUAGGGGAAGUUCUCCGGAGCCCGGGAGGUGGCCUAAAGGGAGAAGCCCCAAGGCAGGAGAGGUGUCCGCUUCCCAGCACCCCCGCUGUGACUGUGACCUCCGCGCCUCCCCACCGCGCCCCCCCCCUUCGCACACGUGCUGGCGGCCCAGGGACGAGGUCCAGCUGGGCUAGUUGAGCAAGGCGGCGGCGCCCUGGCAGCCCGAGGGCGCAUGGAGGCGCCGAGGGGGGCGGUGCAGCUCUCCUGCGGCGCGGGGGAGCGCGCACGCCGCGCCCCGGUCUCCCCGGGGACCUGGCCGGCCUCUCCCUGCACUUCCCGCUGCUGGGCUCCGGGGCGCGGGCGGCGCGGCGGCGCAGGUGUAGCCCGCAGCGGCGGGGCGCGCGCGUAGGAGGGCUGCUGAUUCCGCUCGGCUGGCUGGAGUUGCCUCGGGGCUUCGGAACUCCCGUGCCCGGCUCGCGGGCAGGCUCGGCGUGUCACUUUGCAAAUCGUGGAGGCCAGCGCCUCGGGCAGUCAGCGCACGCCGCGGGGGAGGACCGAACCCUGUUUAUUGACAGCGGCCGCCCGGGUUAGGCGCGAAUGCCCGCUCUCCUCGGCGGGCUAGGCUCUCGCUGCUGGACUUAGGCGGCUCGCUGGGCCCGCGCGGGCGCCUCCCCCAUGCUGCUUGGAGCGUCCUGGCUGUGCGCGUCCAAGGCGGCGGCCACCGCAGCUCGGGGUGAGGGCGAGGACAGGCAGGGUGAGCAGCAGAAGGGGGCUCAGGCGAGGGCUGAAGAGGAUAUGGACGAGUCAUCGCUGCUGGAUUUGCUGGAAUGCUCCGUGUGCCUGGAGCGCCUGGACACCACGGCCAAGGUGUUGCCAUGCCAGCACACCUUCUGCAGACGCUGUCUGGAGAGCAUCGUGUGCUCGCGCCACGAGCUUCGCUGUCCGGAGUGCCGCAUCCUGGUGGGCUGCGGUGUGGACGAGCUGCCGGCCAACAUACUGCUAGUGCGCCUACUGGAUGGCAUCCGCCAGAGGCCCCGCACGGGCGCCAGCCCCGGGAGCAGCCCUCCCGCGCGCCCGGGCCCCGGUACGUUCCCAGCGCUCGCAGGCGGCGCUGCAGGGGCGACAGGCAGCCCUCCACGUUCUCCGGUCCUUCUCUCAGCGGCGGCAGGCAGCUCUACCUCCAGUUUGUGCGACGUGGCGACUAAUAGGAGCGUGCCAGUGGCUAAGAAUCUUUCCCAGCUUCCCUAUGCCAAGGCCCUCUACAGCUAUGAGGGGAAAGAACCUGGUGACCUCAAGUUCAACAAAGGAGACAUCAUCAUCCUGCGACGCAAGGUUGACGAGAACUGGUACCACGGGGAGCUGCAGGGCACACAUGGUUUUCUCCCAGCCAGCUACAUCCAGUGUAUGAGGCCCUUGCCGCAGGCUCUGCCCCAAGGCAAAGCUCUUUAUGAUUUUGAGAUGAAGGACAGAGACCAAGACAAAGAUUGUCUGACCUUCACUAAGGACGAAGUUUUAACUGUGAUCCGGAGAGUGGAUGAUAACUGGGCUGAAGGCAUGCUAGGAGACAAGAUCGGCAUCUUCCCUCUCCUGUACGUGGAGCUCAACGACUCUGCCAAGCAACUCAUUGAGAUGGACAAGCUGUGCCCUGCCGCCACCACUGCAUACAACUACGAUGCUCUCUUGUCCUCUGAUCCCAGCACAGUAGCCAGUGUGGCCCCUGGUCCCACCCUAAGUAGCUCAGGGGCAGUCAGUGCCUUUCAACGACGCGUGGACAGCAAGAAGAAUGCCAAGAAGCGCCACUCCUUCACCGCGCUCAGUGUGACUCACAAGUCCUCACAGGCUGCCAGUCACAGGCACUCCAUGGAAAUUAGUGCUCCGGUGCUGAUCAGCUCCAGCGACCCACGUGCUGCAGCCAGGAUUGGGGAGCUUGCCCAUCUGUCCUGCACUGUACCCACCCAGGACUCCUCUUCAGCUGGACCUGUCCCCACAGCCAUCCCACGAGCUGCCGCGGUGGCUGGAGAGCAGGGCAUGUCUCCCAAAGUCCAGCUGCCCCUCAACGUGUACCUGGCCCUCUAUGCAUACAAGCCCCAGAAGAACGAUGAACUGGAGCUACGCAAGGGUGAGAUGUACCGCGUGCUCGAGAAGUGCCAGGAUGGCUGGUUCAAGGGAGCCUCGCUAAAAACCGGCGUCUCGGGGGUAUUUCCCGGGAACUAUGUGACACCUGUCUCCAGGGUUCCUGGAGGAGCAGCUGGGUCCCCCUGGAAUAAUGCGCUCGGAGGGUCUCCAUUGGCCAAGGGCAUGGCCACCAUUAUGCACCCCGGAGGAGGAAGUCUGAGCAGCCCAGCCACUGCCACCAGGUCUGCUGUGCCACUCACCAUACUACAGGACCAUACGCAGCACUCAGCCUCCUCCCUACCAACAGGCAGCUGCCUUCGGCACAUGGCUCAACCAACAGCCAGCCAGGCUGGGGUCACCACUAUCCCAACAGCUACCCAUCCCUCGGCCCAGGCCUUGGACCGGCCAACUGCCACCGUGUCACCCCUGCGCACUCAGACUUCUCCAUCCCGCCUGCCCAGCACCAGCCUCCGACCCCGCUCUGUGGCGUCCCCACAGCAUGGCCAGCAGUCCCCAGCACAGAUUUGUCCCCGGCCAGCCAUCCCUUUCACGUCAGCAGCCUCUGCCAUCACACCUCCCAACGUCAGUGCCGCCAACCUCAGCGGGGAGGCCGGAGGGACACUCAUCAGCGGCCUGCCCACACCCAGCCCCGUCAACGCGGGCUACAAACCAGAUGACAAGAAAAACGAGAAGAAGGAGAAGAAGAGCGGGCUGCUGAAGCUGCUGGCUGGGGCCUCGACCAAGAAGAAGUCACGCUCCCCGCCAUCUGUAUCUCCAACCCACGACCCCCAGUUGGCCAUGGAUACCUCUCUGCAGGGUGCCAUGGGCCCCGAAGUGUCUCCAUUGACCGUCCAUGGCAGGGCGGGUUCCUGCCCCAUAGAGAGUGAGAUGCAGGGUGCCAUUGGGUUGGAGCCACUGCACAGGAAAGCAGGCUCCUUGGAUCUGAAUUUCUCUUUGUCCCCUUCUCGGCAAGCAACUUUGUCCAUGGCUUCCAUUCGCCCUGAACCUAAGCCACUGCCCAGAGAGAGGUACCGUGUGGUGGUGUCCUACCCUCCACAGAGUGAAGCGGAGAUCGAGCUAAAGGAAGGUGACAUUGUCUUCGUGCAUAAAAAGCAUGAAGACGGCUGGUUCAAGGGGACGCUGCAGCGGAAUGGCCGCACGGGUCUCUUCCCAGGCAGCUUUGUGGAGAGCUUCUGAGGGCCGUUGCUCAUGGCCAGCUUCUGCUGUCCAGGGGAGAGUACCAAAGGAGACACUAUGUGAGCAGAGGAUACCUUAUCACCUAGGUCCAAGGUUCUUUCGAAAGUGCUGGCCAGAGACCAGCUGACCGGGGUGACAGCUCAGCUGUCAAGGCCACGUUCUCACGUGACAUCCUUAUUGGAAGAACAAAUGGGCAGUGGCGUGUUUGUGAAGGAAGGCGGUACCCUCAUAUGACGUCCUACUGGAAACACACGUGGGUGUCCUUCAAGACCAUGCCACGAGUCUGAGUGAUCAGUAGCACAGAAAACAUUACCCAUGUGGACAAUCGCACUACUACGCCACCCGGUGGCUAAAGCGUUAUUAGCUGUGUGAAAGGUUGGGAGCCCGGAAGGGCAUAGAGUGGGGCCAUCUGCUAGAGCUGACAGCAAGAAGAGCAUCUUCCCUGCCUGCCCUGGGUAUCAUUCCUCUAUAUACCUCUGUCACCUGCCAUUGGGCCCCACAGCCAGGGCAGUCAUGGUUCAGGAGCCUCAUAGAAGGGUUGUGAGUCUCCCAAGGUGUCCAGUGGGGUCCUGUGGGCACUGGAGCAGAAUCCUCACGGCUUUGUCUCCUACCAGGAUAGUGAGGCGCAGCAUCCAGUUCCACCGCCACUGUCUUCACAUUGCUUCCUUCUUACAGCACACCUUUUUAAUGUACAACUCCUAGACUUUCUAUAUUUCUAAUAGGUCAGACGCUGCAUAUUUUUCAUACAUCUGGUGCUGAUUUUUUGUAAAACUAGAAACCAACCUGAGUAAGCCUCAAGGGGGGAAAAAAGAAGAUAACAUCAAAGGAAAGUUUUAUAUAUUUCCCAAAUAGAGUUUGGAGCAUAUUGAGGAAUUCCUAUCUAUAAUAUCAAAAUGUUGGCUGGUGCUCCACAAGGCGAGUGGGAGGGUCUGCCAUGAGGGGUGCAUGGAAUUGGAGAGUCUUUCCUGGCUGUUGGAAAUAGCCUAAACCACAAGCUCCAUCUAGACAGGAGUGAUUAUGAUUAAAAUACUGGAAACCUAUUAAGGAAUGGAUACUGCCUUUUUGUGUGGCAGAAAACACACACAGACAGACACACACAAACACACAUAUACACAGACAAGACAAACACACUGACCCCAGAAGCUUCCUUUGAUUGCUUUAGAGAGAAUGACUAAAAAUAGCAUCCUUAAAGCAUGUCUUGCUGCCAGAAUGCAGCUUUUACGAUAGCGCAGAUCCACUAUCUGGCAAAGUUUUUUUUUUUUUUCUCCUUUUCAAAAAUAAAUAGCUUGCGCUAUGAGGCCAGUCUAACUCCAUCUGCUAGAGACCAAAGGUACAAUGACGACACAGCCUGAUGCUUGACUGUAGGCUUACAGGGCUGCAGACACUGGAAAAGAUGAGGGCUAGUCUCUGACUCUGCGGCCUUACUGUAAGCUCAGUGUCACAACAGCUGCCCAGGAGGCUGGGCUGGCCUGAACGGCUAUCAGGAGGUGUGAGUGUCACACUUUAGGAACUCAAAUUUAGGAAUUAUUUUUUUUUCAAAAAAUUCUCAAAAAUAGCAAUUUGUGAGCCUCUGUGUACAUUUUUAUAAAAUCACGCAGCCCUGUGUUAAGCUUUUGGUAGCAGAAGCUAUUGCUGCUUUUCCUAGUAAAAUAAAGACCAUUUAUCCUCAGUAUUCCUAUUUGGGGAUAUGACUGACUAGUUGUGACUGCUGGGUGGCUACCACAUGGACACAAUCACGCCCAGAGACAGUCUCAGCCCCUCCCAGGUGAUAGCACACUUACUGGACAUAGAAAACUGUUCUGCGCCAAAGAGAUGUGCUAGCUCAGACACAGGCAUCCCGGUAUGCAGGCUCGGGGACAGCUCAGUGGCAUGGUAUCUACUCAGUGUCACUGCUAAAUUACUUGGCCAUCCAUGCACAAACAAUCUAGGUGUGGUUCCCUCCAUGCUGUCACCAUGGAGGUAAACAGAUCUACAUCCUGUGUGAGCCAUGUUUUCAGUGGAACCAGAGCUAACUCCAGAUCCCAGACAAUUAAAAAGUCCCCUUUCCUCGUAAACAACAUCACCGUUGAGCCAACAGAACAGAUGUAACUUGGAGUCGUCCUCCUUCCUUGUGCUGUCUGCUUUGUGACAGAGGAAGUAGCAGCUUCUUAGACAGCUCAGGAAAGGAUCAAAGUAUCUUUGGAAAACACCAGCUAGACCCUCUCCUAGCUAAGUUUACACAGGGACCACCUUGGGGAGGGAAACAGGGCUCUGGGGCUCAUUCUCAGGUGGGGCUUUUUGAGAUACACAAUGAGCCCCAUGGUCUGAGUUAUUAUGAAUACUCUCAAGCCCUUUGGCCUUCAAAAUCACAUUUUCCACAGUCAAUGACAGAAGCGAGUCACCUUUCCUAAGGUUAUCUUCCCUUGAGGACACAUGUAUUGGCUACCAAAAUGAAGCCAGCACCUCAUCUAGAACCUUCUCAUUCCGUCCUGGCCAGCAGCAUGUGCCCCUUCCUCAGACACUCAAAUUUGGUGGUCACUUGGGUUUCAUUCAAUAGUUCUCAGCCCUUCGCAUAGAGGGCCAGCAAGGAGACAGGACAGUCUAGGCCCCAGAGGACUGAUGAAACACAAGAGACAAGAUGGUCUAUAGUGAGGCGUAAUUACAAGAUGGGGCACCCCAGAAUCAGCCCAGUAGACGUGGAAGCCCUUGUACUUUGCACAACACACACCGAGACAGACACGUGCACACGUGUCUCCUACCCCCACAUACGUUUUUAUUAUACACCGAUGUCAGUGUGUGAUUUUAGAUGAAUUGACAGUAGUGGCCAACUCUGAUGCCUGUGUUUCUGAGUCUUUAAAUAAAAACGAACAUGGA